AUGAAAGGUUGCCAGAUAUCUGCUAUCAUUGCGGACUAUAUGGACAUAAAAGUGAUAACUGUACGCAAAGAAGGAAGCCUACUACAGAUAUGCCUAAAGGGAAUCGAUCUAACCCAAGUGGGACAAGAUACUAUUAUGGAAAAGGAAAGUGGUGAAGAUGUAGUUGAGAACUUGAGGGGCUUGUGGACGAAUGUUCCACCUAGAAGGAAAACUAAGACCGGUGCAAAAAAUUUGGGUGGGGAAAGUAACAGCCUUAAGCCCCAUGGCUCUCAUUUUGAUGCUCUCGAGAAGACUACUGAAAAGUUUGGAACAGAAACGACGGAGGCAUUUGUUGACGUCAUCCCAACCAAUAAGGUGACUAAUAAGAUUAAUUAUAAUGUUUGGGUGAAAAUAUGGACCAAGUUUAACAAAGCUAAAGGUAGAGGUAGACCGGCUAUGAAAGAUAUCUCAAACAUGAGUAUGGCUUCAAGUUCCAGAGGGGAAACUGAUCAGCAGAAAAAAGUGAAUCCUAAAAACAAUACUCAGAUUGUAAAAUUGAACAAAGGAAAGCUUGACUCAAGCGUGCUGCAACCUUCCCAAGCUGUGUCAGUAAGUGAUAAGGUUAGUGAAUGGGUGAGAAACCAGAACGUUCAAUCUACUAAAUGGGCUUUUAUCUUUGGACACCAACCUCCGAAUAUUACCGGUGGGCAUCAUAGAUUGGUCAAUGAGAGGGAAGCUGAUAAAUUGAUUGACGCUUUAGCCUCUGAUGCAACUGAUAGUUUCUGUACAGUGGAAGACAUGAACCUUGCUGAAGGUCAAGAUCACACCAUUGGCGAAGAUGGGAAUGUUAUAGGUGCAUCAAGCACCAAAUUCAAAGUGAAUAUGAUGGAACUGAUUAAAAUUCAGUCUAUUGAUAUUUUGUUUGGCAGCGAACCUAGAAUUGGAGGAGAUAAGGCCCUUAAAAUGGUUAAAUCUUUGGGUUUCUCGAAUUUUGAAGUGGUGGAUCCUACUGGAUUUUCUGGAGAUUUUAAUGACAUGCUCAAAACAAAUGAUAAAAUGGGGGGAAUCCUAUUACACCGGCUCAGGGGUUUUAAAAAGUGGUUUGAUGAGAAUAACAUGAUUGACUUGGGCUAUUCUGGCCCUAAGUUCACUUGGACUAAUAAUAGAGUCUUUGAACGAAUUGAUAGAGUACAAUGGGAUCAAGGGUCUAGCUCGACCCUUGCGAAGUCUCAUAGUUUGGUGGAACCUCUAAAGCAUUGGAACAUUGCUGUUUUUGGCGAUUUGAAGCAAAGAAAAACUCAAUUACUAGCUCGCCUCAAUGGUAUCCAACAAGACCAAGAAGCCUUGUGCAGCAAAAGUCAAGAGUCAAAUGGCUACAAGGGGGUGACCGAAAUACUAAGUUUUUCCACCUCUCCACUAUUGUUAGAAGACGCAGGAACAAAAUCGAAAAACUGA